UGCUGCGCUUCACGAGAAUCGCACAACUUGUCCGGUCAGAUGCUUGCUAUCCAGACGACAAAGACACCAUAAUGCCCCGGUAGAGGUCGCCGAGACAUGACCUCGCACAUCGUUUAUGUUGAUGUUCCGCGUGCUGAGAGACAUACAACCGCAGACCACAGUGAAACUCACAAAUUGUUCACCGGCCAGAAACUGUGGUUCGCUCACACGAUUCCACAGCGGCAAUGGCUCAUCGAGAAUGCCAGGCUCAACGGGGCCACCAUUGUCGACAUUGACAAGCAGGCAGACAUCAAGCUUGUUGAUCAUGCAAGAAAGAACCAGGCUCCGGGCACACACUCUUACAGAUACGUCGAAUUGUCCAUCCGGAGGGGCGAGCUGGAGGACCUCGCAUCUCAUGCAGUCGGGGCCCCUACAAGAGUCUCCCGGCCCGUAGGAAGCACGGUCACGGCUCCAAGAAGUGGAAGGGUGCCCUACACGGAAGCGGACGACCAGUUUCUGUGGAAUUGGAUGAUACCAUUUGAAGAGAACGGUGGUGCAUACAAGGGCAACGAGGUCUACAAGCAAAUCGAACAGGCAAAUCCAAGACAUACCUUCCAAAGUUGGCGGGACAGAUGGUUGAAGAGCACGCGAUACCAGAAGAGAUCAGUCACGAAUUCUCAUGCAACAAGGCCACAUCACGUAGACGGACCAGAACCAGAGCCUGAUCAAGUACACAUAGCUCGCGAGAGUUCGGUUUUGGAGCCAGAACAAGAACAGCCCAGAACGUCGGUAUCACCCAAGAAGAAGAGGCGACCAUUUGCUGAGGACGAGGGCGAACCUGCCUCCGAAGUAAAGCCUCGACGCAAGGCCAAAAGACCGGUACAAUCAACCCCUAGAUUAUCUGUCGAAUCUGCUGCGAUUGAGCCAUCGACCGAGAGGUCCCCAGCAGAGCGACCGGUGGAGCGUACUGAGCCUGAGACUCAGGCGAGAGAACCUGAGAAUGAGCCUGAUGUUCGGAGCAGAGAGGGCGAUGCUCACCACGAGAAUGAGGAUACAGAAUCGGUUACAGAAUCAGAAAAACAGUUUCUGGAUGGCAUAACAGGGCCAUUCUCCAAGGAGGAUUCCCUGGAACUUUACAGACUGGUGCCAGAGCUGACCAACAUGACACCUGGGCAGUUCCUCGACGUCUGGAGAGAUAUGGCUUCAUCAAAAGAUUUCAAGCACCAUAGCGCGGAAGAGUGGAAGCAUUGGUUUGAGUAUCGAGUGUUGCCCGACUAUUGCAGAGAAAAAGACUUACGGAUUGAAGAAGUUGCGCCUUAUUUGUUCAUGCAGCAAGACAAUGGCGCACCGGACGAGGAGCUUUCCAGUGACACUGGUGACGCCCAGCAUGGGGACAGGCCGGCUGAGUCAUUAGAACAAGCGUUUGCAUGUAGCAACUGCUACGCCAGUGAAGCUGAGAAAUGGCAUUACGACAAAAAGGGGCGGGCUUUGUGCAAGCCAUGCGCAGUCUUUUUGAGAACCCACGGCGUGCCCAGGCCGUCUACCAUGGGUCUCGAUGCGCUGGGUGAAGCAGAAGACUCUGAGCCGCAGGGGCCUCAAACGCCUUUAUUAUUGUCACCUCCAAAAUUCGCCAUCACACCAAUCGUCAGUUCUAUCAAAGUGUCACCAAAGCUUCCUUCUGUGGAUCUUCAUCGUGCCGUAAGAGACGAAUCUAAAAUUCCGGAAGGACAACGCGAAACCAGAUCGCCGUCGUUUCAACCGGAGUCUCCCAUACUGAGCCGACCUCCAGAGCCAAACGAAGCGAGAAAACGAAGUGCUGGACGCGUUACGCAGUCGCAGUCGACUCAAGGCACAAAUCAGUCCAGCAAUGAAAGUCAAGCUCAGACCAAUUCACACUCCCUUGGUUUAGUGAUGGGCGAGGCCCAAUCUAAAGAGGCUCAGCCACCACCUGAGGAACACCAGGACACAAGGGAGCUCAAACUCGAUACGGCUGCACCACCAUUCAGCUUUGCCACGACCCAUGCGCGACACAGACAGCGGCUACGUGACGAUCCUCGCAAUCUUGACAUCCAACAAGACUCUUCCCUCAGUACUGACAAAGAGCCUCCUCGAGAACCGCCUGCCAUCCAUCUCUCGACUGAGACCGAGGGGCUAGAAUCUUCACCACCUUUUGCUCCAUCCCCGUCGCGUUCACAAGGCUCAUUGCCGCCACAACCAGAAAAUUUCUCUCCGCUAUUCGUGGCACAGGAUGAUCAAGAUGAAGAAUUCAAAGAGCUAGAAAUACAGGAUACAGAACAACAAGAUAUAGUGCCUCCAGACGACGAACAAUUGACAAGUCCCCUGCGACUCAACUUGAUGAGCGAAGGCCAAUGGGACGUGCCUGCGGCUGAUGCAUCGUCCAGAUCGUCAAGUUAUCAAUCCGAAGAGCUAGAUGUGAAGCCGCCAGUUGCUCAAAUUCGGGGCGGUUCCUCGGGUACCUCAGCCUAUGGUCCCGAGGAAGAGGAUGACGAGGAUGGAGACGAAGCAGAUCCGAAGCCACCGAUCUCAGGGGUUCGCGAAACUUCGGUAGAGCUAGGUUCCCAAUCCUUUGAAACUAGUCGAGAAACAAUGGAUCAAUGGGAAACAGCUCCGGAGCAACCACGAAAGCGAAAUCGUGAAGAGGAACGUCUUUCAACGCAGGCGUUGUUCGAUGGUCCCGAUAUUGACGCGGAUAUGUCCACAUAUCUUGAAAUCCCAGAGCCCGAAGGUGGUUGGGACAGCAUUCUUGGCUCCGAAGCCGCCGAUACUAUCGAGGAUGAUCAUCAGCCCACAACAUCAAGCAAGAAAUCGCUACAUAAGCAACGAGCACCUGGCACUGCACAGCACGUACAGCCGGACAUCGACAUCAAGCAGGAAAACCGCACUCAUCUCGACCCACGGCCUCCGCCACAUGCUGACGCUGAAAACAUCGACUACAAUGAUCCCGAGCGGGGCGAGUGGGUGAUGGACAAAUGGGAGGAGCAGGAAAAGGCUCGAUACCCAAAUCUCCGCAACAUGGAACGCAUCUUGUACAAAGCUGCCUAUUGCACAUCGUGUGAUUUCCCCCGAGCAAGCGAGCUGGUGGACCGCUUUCUGGAACAGCUGCGGCGGAAGAGACGGCGCACGUCCACAUCAAGCUACGCGGCGGUGUCCGAGGCUGAGCUCGUCGUUCCCGAAGACAUGCCAGGUGUCUGGACCGAUGAGGACGAUCGCUUACUUUUUAGUACGAAACCUGCGGAUGUGCAGCGCAUAUUCGACAAACAUGGACACAGGGCAUAUGAUCAGCGCAUUGAUUUUCUGGACGCACAAGCACCGGAAUGAGACAGACUGUGCCAGCCACUGUGACCGGUGGGAGCGGACAAGUGCAAGUACUGGGCAUAAUGAUGGUAUUGAGAAACACGACGAAGGGUGUUGACGACGAAACGAUUCUAAUUUAAUGAGAUACCCCAUGAUUGUAAUUGUAAUGAGAGAAGCCCAAUCAAACUCGCUUCAAAAA